AUGGCACUACGAGAGCUAGGCGCUACCAAAGCACAAACGCUUCCAGUAGCAUACGGUUGCGCCGAUGGUUUAACAACUUCCACUUCUGCAUUGCGAAAUACAACAAUUUCAAAAGGCCGAUCAAUUCAUGGUGCAACUAAUUCAUUUGAUUCGGGUCAGAGUAUAUCGUCAAUAAGUUCUAUAUCGAUUGUUGGCUCAAAUUGUCGCCAAAGAGUGUCAUCAAGCGCUCCGGCCAGUAGUUUGGAUAUGGAAACACUGGUGCGGAAUGUCAGCCAAGAAAUUGGCAGUGACCAAGAUUUUUAUCGGGAAAGGAGAAAAAAAGAUAUACAUAAUAUGAUUGAACGAAGAAGAAGGUAUAAUAUAAAUGAUCGUAUCAAGGAAUUGGGACUUAUGCUUCCGAAGACAUCGUCUGAGGAACUGAAAUUAAAUAAAGGAACUAUAUUGAAAGCUUCUUGUGAUUAUAUUCGGCAGUUACAAAAGGAUCGUGAGUUGAUGUUACGACAGCAGCAGUACCAAGCCAGGUUACAACAAGCAGCUCAAAUGUAUGCUGACAGAGUUAAAGAACUGGAAAAUCACUUACAAAAAAAUGGUAUUGCUGUACCACCUUCUGCAGUAAAUUUGCCGCCUAUACCUCUGUCAUCAUUUUCGAACGAUAGACGAUCUAUCAAACAAGAGCCUUUUGAUGAGUUUCCUCCUUCUCCAUCUCAUACGUCAUCAAACUGUAUUAAUUCGGCUGGAUUUGUAUCACAGCUAACAGACACAACGGCAUCGAUAUCAAUUAACAGUCCUGUAUCCAGUAUCAGUCAUCAAGAAAGCAGUUCUUUUUUGAGUGCAACCGACGAUCCAUAUUCUGCUAGUGCAUAUGCUCAAGCAGCUACUUCUUCCCUUAAUUCGCAACAAGGAUUCCCAGAUCUUAUUAUGGAUGACCUGAAUUCGAUGCGUACUAUAUUGCAGGAUGAUCCUAUGAUAUCAGCAGCAGCAGGGGGUAGGCCUUCGCCAUCUGCAAGCUUAACUAAUCAGUUGUCACCAGAUAUACUGUGGAAUCAAGCGAAUUUUUCGCCAGAUAGUCAUAAUCAAGUAGCUGCAGGUAGUUCUUACCAUCAACAAGCCAGUAUGGAUUUCACUUAA